UCCAGACACGAGCAUGAGUGGUGAGUUGAAGUCCAGCCGUUCCAGGAUGGCAAGCAAGAGAGCAAGCAGCUCUUCCUACAGACCUGAGUUUGAUCUGGACUAUGACAAGCUAUCAAGAGGACUACUAUGACAGGGUAUAUGACUACCAGCGUGUGCCCGCAUCCCUGCCUCCUCCUCUUCCCCAGGGACCCAGCCUGGCCAAGCGAUCCCGUUCCUCCUCCCAUUCCUCUGGGCACAGACGCAGUCGAGAAAGAACUCAUUUGAAGAGCUCCAGAGCCCACUCCACUAAUUCAACCACGGCCAAGUUGCGUAUGGAGGAGCUGCAGGUGAUUAAGAGGGAGCUCACUCUGAUAAAGACACAGAUCGAUGGGCUGCUUGACAGUCUGGACAGGAUGGACACACAGAGGAACGACCACAGAGGGUCUCCACUGAGGGAGGACAGUCCCGCUGUCUCACCAUAUCCUCUCUCAGCCAGCAGCUCUGAGUGCUCCCCCUCCCCACAUUCCCCAUCCCGCUUCCGCCAUCGAAUCCAGAGAGAGAGCCCUGAACUUGGGGAAGCCACUGAUGAUGACCACCAUACGAAACCUUGGAUCAAUAGUGACAUUCAGCUGAUACUAAAAGAAAGAACUGCCACUUUGAAAACCGGAAAUCGGGACUGCUACAAGGAAGCCAGGCACACGCGGCAGGGACUACAAGCGAUAGUGGACUACAAACCCAAGCCAGGCAGUUGUAACAACACCAUCGCUUCACUCCUGGAUGGCCUGAACAGGUUCUGUGCCCACUUUGAGUAUAACUCGGGACCACCAGACAAUACUCGGAAACUUGUUGGGCCCUUGCUCAUCAAGAUGAGCAACCACAGCUCCGACCUCGAGGAAGAAAUGUGA